AUGUGACUUCCUGUAUGAUUGAAAACGAAAGGAAGACAGAUAACUUCUAUGUACAUUCCUUUUACCAGUAACAACUUUUUUUGGUGUAGAAUAAUCUGUCUGGUGAAUCACUUUUACCUCUACCUCCCAUUAGAGAUCAACGCCGACCUGUCAUUAAGUGAACUAACUAAUAUAUAAGCAUAUAACUUGGACGUUUUUUGUAUUGUGCAUUGACACACUUAUUUGUGGUCAGGGAGGAAAUUCCUUAAAAUUGGGGAGGAUAUGUCCAUGUGGGGAGGAGAUUACUUCACUACUUCUGCACGAAGAAUGGCUCUGUCAGGGCCACGGAAUGGCAGAACCUACAUCAUGUACCAUGGCACCUCUUGGUGGGCUGCACAGAAAAUCAUGGCCAAAGGUUUUUGUCAAUCCAAGUGUGGCAUGUUGGGGCAGGGUGUGUAUCUAAGCCGGGACCUGGAGAAGGCUAGUAGAUACCCCCUGGACCUCACUGAACACCAGGUUGUCAUCAAAGUUAAAGUCAAUGUGGGCAAGGUGAAAAAAGUAGACCGCCAAGGCCACCCUUUGCAGAAGACGUGGCAUGAUGAAGGUUACGACUCAGCCUGGGUUCCUCCUAACUGUGGCAUGGUGAAGAGUGGUUUAGAAGAGACCUGUGUCUGGGACCCAAACCGCAUUACUGUUUUAGACACUAUCAAAUCAAAAACAGAACCCACCUUACAAAGUGAGGACACUGAUGAGGAAGAGGAUGAAGAGGACACUGGGGAGGAGGAAGAGGGGGUGGAGGGAGAGGAGGAGGAUUAUGAGGAAGAGGGGGUUAAUGAAGAGGAGGGGGAUUAUGAGGAAGAGGGGGUUGAUGAAGAGGAGGAGGAGGAGGAGGAGGAAGAGGAUUAUGAGAAAGAAGGGGUGGAGGGAGAGGAGGAGGAUUAUGAGGAAGAGGGGGUUGAUGAAGAGGAGGAGGAGGAGGAUUAUGAGAAAGAAGAGGAAGCAGAUGGGGACACUGAGGAGGAGGAGGAAGAGGAGGAAGCAGAUGGGGACACUGAGGAGGAGGAGGAUGAGGAGGAAGCGGAUGGGGACACUGAGGAGGAGGAGGAGGGAGACGAAGAGAAGGAGGAGGAAAGACACCACAUAGGCAUGACUCUUGACACUGUGGCAUGUUGGGGCAUGCUAGUAGAUACCCCAUGCACCUUGCUGAACACAAGAAGGUUGUCAGAGUUGCCAGAGAAAAAAGUUGACCGCCAAGGCCACCCUUUGCAGAAGACAUGGCAUGACGAAGGUUACGACUCAGCCUGGGUUCCUCCUAACUGUGGCAUGGUGAAGAGUGGUUUAGAAGAGACCUGUAUCUGGGACCCAAACCGCAUUACUGUUUUUGACACUAUCAAAUCAAAAACAGAACCCACCUUACAAAGUGAGAAAACUGAUUAG